AGUCUGAGAAGCCGUAUGCUGAGGUGCGCCAGCUCUGACAUCCCAUCCACGUCCCCGCUAACUCUCCAGCUCUGGAUGGGCACUCACCCCAAGAACCCAUCCAAGCACGUCGACACUGGCCGCACCCUGAACGAGCUUUUUGAGCAGAACAAAGCUCUCCUGUCCACACAGAUCACUGAGAAAUAUGGCGACCGUCUGCCGUUUCUCUUCAAGGUCCUCUCGAUCAACAAGGCCUUGUCCAUCCAGGCGCACCCAAACAAGAAGCUUGCCGAGCAGCUGCACGCGCGAGAUGCCAAGAACUACCCGGACGACAACCACAAGCCGGAAAUGACAAUUGCCAUCACACCUUUUGAGGGACUCUGUGGAUUCAGGCCCCUCCCCGAGAUUGCGCACUUCCUGGAAAGCAUCGCGCCCUUGAAGCGCAUGGUCGGCGAUGACACGGCAGACGAAUUCAUCAAGGUCGCCAGGGACGAGGGUGCGAGCAAAGACACGCAGAAGAAGGUUUUGCAAAAGGCGUUUGCGGGCCUCAUGACCUCGUCCGCGGACGACGUGGCAAAGGAAAUGCCCAACCUCACGGAGCUCGCCACGACAGAGGGCAAAGACUUUGCAAAGGGUGGGCUCCCUUCCGCCUCCGGCGAGGUGCUUUCCGAGCUGGUCAUGCGUCUACACAAGUCCUUUGAGAACGACAUUGGCAUCUUUGUGCUCUUCUUCCUCAACUACGUCACGCUGCAGCCGGGCGAGGCCAUGUUCCUCGUGGCAGAUGAUAUCCAUGCCUACCUGUCCGGCGACAUCAUCGAAUGCAUGGCGGCGUCGGACAAUGUCGUGCGCGCCGGCCUGACGCCCAAGUUCAAGGACACAGACACCCUCAUCGACAUGCUGACGUACAACUUUGCGCCGAUCGAGGAGCAAAAGAUGAACGCUACAGACUACCCUUACGCUACCCUCAAUCGCGCUGCCUACAGCGCCAGCUCCCAGAUUCAACUGUACGACCCGCCCAUUGAGGAGUUUGCUGUCGUCAGGACCUCUCUGUACGGAGGUGAGGGCAGCAGGGCGAUCUUUGAGCCCUUGUCUGGGCCCAGUAUCAUCAUCUGCACGAAUGGCAAGGGAAAGAUAUCGGUUGGGCCAAAGAGCGAGCCCAUGGAGGAAGGCUUCGUGUACUUUGUGGGCGCCACAGCUGAGGUGGUGCUAGAGGCACAGGGCGGCAAGGAGGAGGAGUUUGUGACGUUCAAGGCAUUCUGCGAGAUCGGAGAAGACAAGCAGAAGCUGUAAGAAGAGCGGGAUACCAGGAUCAGGUUUCCCAGCGGAGGAGUCGCCUCCCCAUAGUGGAGAUACCGUGCAACUAAUAGACGUUGAAAGAUCAUUCCUUCGGGUUUCGUUGCCCCGUGGAGCGAGAUGAGGAGCAACACGCCGACAAUUGCCUUCUUCGUAGAGUAGCGUCGUUUCUCCGCGUCCUUCUCCGCGCGCCCCCAUAUUUCUCGACAUUGAUAUAUUCCAACGGGAG